AUGGCCGACAAUAAGAUGGGCCCGAACCUGCAGUCUGGUGCCGGAUUCCUCGCUAAAAGGGUCCAGAAGUCUUUGAAUCGUGCACAAGAAAAGGUCCUUCAAAAACUGGGCAAAACCAUGGAGACCAAGGAUGAACAUUUUGAGGUUUGCUCACAGAACCUCCACAAACAACAGGUGGAUGGAACUAGGUUGCUUAAAGAUGUCAAGGCCUACUUUGGUGCAGUGAAAGCUUUACAUGAGACAUCCAAGCGACUGUCUCAGACGUUGCGAGAGGUAUACGAACCUGACUGGGAUGGAAUAGAGGACCUUGCUGUCAUUAUUGAAAGUGAAGAUUUACUUUGGAAUGAUUACGAAGAGAAAAUGAAUGACCAGAUUGUGCGCACCAUGGAAAACUAUACGAGUCAGUUUCCAGAGGUCAAGGAAAGAGUUUCUAAACGUGGUAGAAAGUUAGUGGAUUAUGAUUCAGCACGUCACCACCUGGAAUCGCUGCAAAGUGCCAAGAAGAAAGAUGAUGGUAAAAUAGCUAAGGCAGAGGAGGAGUUCAACAAAGCCCAGAAUGUCUUUGAAGAGAUAAAUAAUGAGCUGAGGGAGGAGAUGCCUGCUCUAUAUCAGAGCCGCAUUGGUUGCUAUGUGACUGUCUUCCAAAAUGUAUCAAAUCUGAGAGAUGUCUUCUAUAAAGAAAUGAGUGUGCUUAACAGGGAUUUGUACAACGUGAUGAAGAAACUAGAAAAUCAACAUUCUGGAAAAGCGUUCAUCAUAAAGGGUCUGAGCAGCCCCAAAAGGAAGUCAAAGAAGAGAAGGUCCUUGGCCAUCUCCAGUCCAAUCCCGUGCAACACAGCUUUCCCAGCCGAUCACAUAUCCAUCAAUUUCACAACGCAAAAUGGGGAUGCUGUUGCACCCACCUCUCCUGAACCACAAACUCAAAGCAUCUCAAGCGAUAUCAGUAGAGAAGAGGAUAGUGGCAUCCCCACCCAAAUUGGGGUCUCUUCGGACUCUGACCUUAGCUCUUGUGAUAACAGUACACACCAUAGGCAGUCAGUGUGUGUCAGCGAGCCCAGUGACAGGAGCACAAGUGAAAGUUUAGAGGAGGUGGAAGCAGAAGCUGAACUAUCUACAAAUCAAUGUGAAUCUGGUGUCUCGAAAUCUGAAGUUUCAAGUGAAGAAUCAGCCAUUCCCUCUGAUUGUGCACUUAGUGAUGCACCACACAUUCCCAACCAGGAAGACAAUGCAAGUGAAGCGCAAUCAGAGGAAGUCAAGACCAAAAAUGCACCAAUUCCUGCCCCUCGUCGAUCGUUCCGCUCGGAGAAAGAUCUUUUUCCUUCUGCAAUGGAGAACCAGGAGGAGACAAAAGGAGACUUUGACACCAAGAUGUCCGCUGGGUCACAAGAUGACUGUGAUGGUCAAUAUCCACCUGGCUUUCUCUAUAAGAGGGUAGCGCUAAAGAGCCAUGCAGAACCUGAAGGUGGCCAGCUCCAGUUUGAAGAGGGAGACAUAAUCCUGGUCUUUGCUGACACACAGAAGGAAGGUCUGGUAAGAGGGGUCAAAGAGGAGAACUGGCAACUGCACAGAGAUCUUGAAAAUCAUGCUGGGACUUUCUCAGAAGACUUCAUUGGUCCUGUUCAGGCGGAAUGA